AUGACGCCCGAACGACGGGGUAUGGACGCCUUGGACAUUCCUUGGCUUGCCGGUUAUAUCCGCAGUGAUCGCUACCGGCGUCUGCAGCGUUCACCAGACUGCAUCAAGUGGAGGAACAUGUUGAUUGCCUGCUGCGGGACCUAUUUGCUGGUCUGCAUUCUGCUGACUACAGCGCUGUAUGCCGCGCGGCGCGCGAUCACCGUGCUGUUAUUCAAUGCCAUGCAGGGCGUUCUGGUUCUCGCAGGUGCGGGCGUGUGUGCCGUGCGAGUGUACUUUAUUGGCAUGAUGGCAGUGCUAGGAUGCUACUCAGCAGUGAGCGGGAUCAUCCUCCUGUACGCGCUGUUGAUCGCUGCGGUGCAGGGUGAUGGCGCGUUUUUUUUGCUGCAUGGCAGCAUGAUCGCAGCUAUGGAUGGCCCGCUGCUUGGGGUGUGGGUGAAAACCUGCUUCGUUUUUUACAAGCAAUGGCACCUGGCAGAGGGCCCGGCGAGCCUCGCCAGCAUGCGGAUGAAUCCGUAUAACAUGGCAGCACCUGCUGCCACUAUCAUAAUACAGCAGGAGCAACAGGGUGGUUUUGGAGGUGGGGUCCCGUUUCAUGGCGGGCCGGCGGUCGUGAUGACAGCUACACGCACAGGCGAGGGAAUAGCGCCUGGAGCUUAUCAUAACAACGUGGGCACAUCAAGCACAAACAGUGCAACUAGCCUGCAGCAAGUUCGAGUGCUUCCAGGAGGUGAGCCACCGCGCCUUUCGACCAAAGAACGGGUUGCGAUCGGUUCCGAUGGAAGCAUAAUAGGGAUGCCGGCGGGACAAAGGAGUGAGUCAUCAAUAAUCACCGUCGUGGAGAUGAUGAUGGGAGCCGGCAGCAGUGCGGACAUCGUAACAGGAGCAAGUGGAGGACCACAUCAAAGACCACCUCCCGCAGCAGUUGCGACAGCCGCACAGACGACGAACUUACCUGGAAGUCCACUAGCAGCAAGCGUCGUACGCGGAGUUGACGACAUCCUUUGUCCAAUAUGCUUGACGAAUCGACGGAAUGUGGCCAUCGUUCCUUGUGGCCACUUGCUAUGCACUACUUGUGCGCCUAAGAUGAUGGCGCCUGGAGGACGUGCGUCAGGUGUCGAAUGCCCCGUAUGCCGCACACGAGUUCAAGCUUUUCAAAAGCUUUUCCUGUGAUUGGAGAGGUGUAGUUGUUGGAGAGGUGUAGGUGUCAGUGCACUUCUACUUUGAGGAAGUUCAAAUUCAAUAAUACAUUGUUCUUCUGUUUUGACAAGUAGUAGUUGCUGAAGGAUUCGACAAGAUGAUCCACGCAUGUACAGUUGCAUAGCAUAGAAGUAUAGACUCCGUACCUCGCAUCUUUGAGAAUACAUUCAUAGACUAAAAGUAAAGCCGCCUGUAUCUAUGUAGUAUUUGUUGCAUGGAUUUGUGAAUAAGAAUGAUAAUGUGCGGAUGGCCUGCUGUUUUGCAUCUCAAUACGCGUGAACAGGAGAAUUUCAUGCAUUUUCUAAUGUUGACUAUAGCACGUGUACACUACGCUUGGCGCGGUGCAACUUUGGAGGCAGAGAGGCAUGCUGAAG